AAAAACCAAAUUCCAGUUUCUAAAUUCAAACAUUCGACAAAAUAUCUUUAUCCUUUCAAAAUGACAGCCAGUUUUUAGACCCAAAAUAACUUAAAUAACAAAACUGAAAAAUUCCGAGUAUCAAAACCAAGACGUAAAAAAUGUUAAUCAACUCACUGAAAUGCUGCAGUAAACACAUUGGUUCAACCGCUUUCGAUUUUAAUCUCUACAGUUUGGGGGGAACACAUCGAAGAUGGUACGCCAAAUCAAAUAAAUCCGGUUGUUGCACCAACGUGCCCCAAACCUCCGAUAGAUCCGUCGAACCAUGGCCCAAGUCCUACCCGCCGCCGCCGCAGUGGCGCUGCGAGUGCCCUCAAGACCCCAUGCCGUACAACAACGACCCGUACAGGAUUAAAGUACCGGAGGUCGUUGUACCGCCGAUGCCGGCUGGAAAUGCUAAGGCUUCAAUAGACUGCUCGCGAAAAAAAGGCACUUGCGCACCGAUCGCGCCGCCGCCGCCGCCAUGCCCGCCGGUCCCUAAAAAGCCGUUUUCGUGGUUCUACAUCUUGACUACCACCGCUCUCCUUGCUGCCUUGGGAGUGGUUUACAAAUAUUGGGCAUACAAGGAUAAACUCCAGAAAUCGGGGAUGUACGACACAAUAUGGCAGCCUCGGUUGAAGGUGAAAAGGCCUUACCACGAUGCCGAUCUGCCCCCAUGCGUGCAGUACCUCAUUAUAGGCACCGGGCCCGCGGGGUGGUCCGCCUACCACACUAUCAUGGAACAUGACGAGAAAGCCAAGGUGUUUUUCGUGACGAAAGAAGACAUAUUGCCAUACGAGAGACUUCCAAUGUCCAAAUAUAUGUGGUGGAACAAAUUCCCGCCUGACAUGAAAACUCUGAAAUACUUCGAUCAGAAGUAUAAAACAAUGUACUUAUCAAAGUGUAAAAACUUCAUGGAUCCUGUCAAGUUCUACCGGAAAGAAGAGGGUCCGGCGGUGUCCAUCGCGUCCGGUUGGUGUGUGCUGAGAAUCGACGCGGAGAACCAUAUUGCUUACAUUAAGACGUUGUGCGGCGAACGACCUAUGUAUUAUGAGAAGUGCUUAAUUGCUGUUGGCUCGCAACCAGUACAGUUGAACAUAUUCAAGAUAGCUCCCAAAGAGGUCCGGACCAAGGUGACCACGUUCCGGACGAUCCGGGACCUCGAGAGCGCGUUCCGGAAGGUCCGGGCGGCGCGCCACGUCACCAUCGUCGGCGGCGGCCCGCUCAGCUGCGAGCUGGCCUGGCAUCUGGCUAAGAUGGAGGAAAAAGUGGAAAAGGACGAAAAAGACGCAAACAAACCGCCGCUACAGAUCGUCCAGAUGUAUAAAGACGGCGGCAUUCUUGGGAGCAUCCUACCCGAGUAUCUGGGGGAGUGGGCCGCGGAGAAGAUCAAGUGCGAAGGCGUCAACAUCAUGCCUAAAACGACACCACACGACGCUUUCCUGUCAAAAGACGGUCGGCUAGAGUUGACGCUGAGCGACGGGUCAUCUCUUAUCACUGAUUAUGUUUUUGUGUGCGUGGGCACAACUCCUCGCAUGGACAUAGCCGAGCCCUCAUUCUUGGAGGAGGAUAAGGUCAACGGCGGUUUCCUGGUGAACACCGAGUUGGCCGCGCGGACGCAUCUCUAUGCGGCGGGCGACGCAGCCAGCUUCUAUUCGCAAUGGAAGAACACCCGCCAACGCUUCCAGAACUACACCCCCGCCGUGGAGGAGGGCCAGCUCGCCGGACUCAACAUGACGGGGUACUGGGAGCCCUGCAACAUAGAGAACUCCUCCUGGCUUACCCUGGGCGACGUGUUAGAGAUGCAGGUGGUUGGCGACGUAGGUGCUUGUAUGCCGAUCAUAGCGCUGUUCAAGCCGUGCCGCCCAGAGGAUUUGCCUGCGAAGGAAAGGGAAGCGAAAAUGGAGAUGCGUUGUUACAAGGACGCGGCGGAGUAUAAGGAGCGCUACAAGAGGGGCUUGCUGUGCUACCUGCGCGACGAGACGAUCGUCGGCUUCGUGUUCUGGAACAUGCCGCCCAUCGAGGAUCGCAAGGAGGUCGCUACCGAGAUACUGCGAUCACGGCCGCACUACAACGAUAUCAACCUGGUGGCGGACCUGCUCGGGUUCUCGGAGACGCACUGCGUGUAUCUCCGGCCCGAGGAGAUACAAGAACCUGGACCUUGCAUUCAGGCAUAUCGGGAAUUCUAGACCUUGAAGUAGGCAACUAUUGUGCUGUAUACUGCAGGUAACGUGGGAGUUACCUAUCUCUCCGGUUUAAGUAAACAAAUUGUUUUGUAUUGAUUCCUGCAAUGUCAGUUUUUGAAGUAAACUUUCUUUUUUUUAAUAAAGGAAGCCAUGCUAUUUAUUAAA